AAAGUAUGACGCACCGGUCCACAAGAUUCGAAUUUCCAGUCGCCCAUCUACACUUUCUCGUUCCUUUUAAACCCGUUGAAGAAUUGAUUGCCAUCAAAAAGAGGAAAGUAUGAACGAGGAUACUCGCAAGUUAUUUGAACGAGUUUCCAAAAAGAUGGGCUGGACCGGGUUCGAUGGACCAGACAUAGCACAAACAAAGCUGAUUAAUCCAAUUGAGAAGCAACGUCAUGGUGCCACAAGUGGGGGUAAUUUUGCAGACCGAUCAGGGUCGCCUGAGGACGAAGAUAAAGAAAACCAGUAUUUCAAGCCCAACGCAUACAAAAGCGCCAUUUCGAUUGACUCCGAUGACGACGAAUUUGACCAUUUUCUUGUGAGCUGGAGCACUCCAAGAACGAAAACUAAGCCAAAGAAACCAUGCAGUGUUGCGAAGAUAAAAAGUUCCAGUGUUCGUGCAGUGAGCUCGGAUGAUGAUAAUGGCGAUUUUGAAAAAUUCCUGCACCGUGUGAAAACUCCUGCUACCAAGCCCAGGAAAGUAUCAGAAAGUGAAAGUGAGGACAGCCUUAAAAGGUUUAUUGUGGAUGAUGACUUAUCAGAUGAUGACUUCAUUCAGACCGAAUCAUCCUCUAAAGGGUGUAAGAAGACUCCAGCCACACACAAAUCAUUCAGGAGACCACUGCAACCAUCUGAGUUUGCCUCUCCUUUGUUCAUCAGUGAUAGUGGGGAUGAGGAUAAGAACAUUGUCAUCAAGAGCACUUGGAAGACUCGGCACACAAAGCCAAAAUCUCUGCCACGAAACGAAAACAACUCAGUGAUUUGUGACCAAAAAGACAGCCCGCCAUCACUGCUUUUGCCUCCCACCUCCCCAUUCACAGUUCCUCGGCCAUUCCACCGUACUGCAACAACUUGGCUUUCUCCUAAGUGUACGCUUUCAACUCCUCUCAAGCUGGACGACUCUUCCGGAUCUGAAGACGAGUUCACGUCCUUACUGGAGAGGCUUAAAAAGAAGAACAUAGUCACUGACUCUACCUCCAAGACCAACACUGAAUCCAGUUGGGGCCCUCCUGUAUCACUUCCAGUCCUAAAGGGGCCAGCGAAACCCAGGGCCACCUCAUUAGGUGAAAAAAAUCCAGAUGUAAAGACCCCUGGGAAAAGCAGCACCCUGAAGCCGAAAGUGAGUCAGACGGAACCCCGACAUGGCCCCGUCAGCAGACUAGCUUUGUGCAAAACCCCAGGUUGCUUCUUGGAGUCUCUAUCAAAUCCUGCCUCCAGCUACUGCCGCAAUUUUAGGCAAAAGAAGGAAGAACUGUCGAGCAAACUGUAUCAGUUGUACAACUGCAGUGUCUUUGACAGGAAGCUCCCCAUCGAUAUGUCCGUGACCUGGAACAAAAAGAUGCGCAAAACAGCAGGCUACUGUAUUACUGGUCAAGAGCGAGGUGGAGGGAACCGUUAUGCUCGCAUCGAACUAUCCGAGAAAGUCUGCGAUUCUGCAGAUCGCCUCCGAGACACACUGAUCCACGAAAUGUGCCACGCUGCCACCUGGCUGAUCAACGGCGUGAGGGACAGCCACGGAAGCUUAUGGAAGGCGUACGCUCGCAAGUCCACCUUGGUGCACCCCGAGCUGCCGAUGGUGUCUCGCUGCCACAGCUACGACAUCAAGUUCAAAUUCAAAUACCAGUGCACCAAAUGUCAGAAUACGAUCGGUCGUCAUUCCAAGUCCCUGGACACUCAAAAGUUUGUGUGUGCACUUUGCACGGGCAAACUCGUCCUGCUCACGCCGUUCAAGCCUCGUCCUCCUACGCCUUUCGCCAACUUUGUGAAGGAGAACUACAAGAGUGUACGCCAGGAGCUGGCGGACCAAAGCCAUCGGGACGUAAUGCGCAAACUCAGCGUAGACUUUGCCUCCAAGAAUACACUGAGUGACCUUCACGAUUCAGACCACUGAGGUAAGUGGAACACGGCAAUGGUACGACAAUAAAUAUCUGCAAUGACUUUACAAAACACUAGUUGUCAAUAAUACGUUUUACACUGCAUGUGUGUGUGUUCCGCUCUGUUUUUUUGGUUUAGCUUUGUAUCAAAGAGGUUGUGGUGUUUUACACACAGAUGUCGGCUAGUUUUUACUUAUAGAUUUGUUGUUGCGUUUUAACUCCAAAUAAAGUUUGAAUUGUUUGUUUUGAAAUCAAA